CCGGGAAAACACGAGCCGUUUUCCGCCGCGCGCCGAACUUUCGGACAUAUAUCCGAGCGCGCCUGAUUCGAACGUUCAAAUUUCGAAACGCGAUAACAUUCGAUUCGAAUUUUGAAAUUAAUUUUAAAUACAAUUUUUAAUUCGUUAUCUGUGUAAAGUGUCAGAAUAUUUUUUAAAACACUUGUGGGAUGUUAAUGUGAAUUACUUUCUCUUGAAUGUGUUUGUAAAAGUUAUUUCUUAGUGUCAAAUUUGAGCAUAGCCGAAGUCCAUCGAUCAAACUCCGCUACGAGAGGACAAUUGUACCGGAGCGCAAACGUCCGGAGCACUUAACAUGUCCAUCUAGACUAUUCAACGCUCAUCUAAAGAAUGACAGCCUUCGAGUGAACUUGAGAAAAUAGGCGAAAAUAAUCUGUUACCGAUGAACGACCUAAAUUACAACGCAGGGAUGAGUUCCUAUCAAUUCGUCAACUCGCUGGCGUCCUGCUAUGGAAACCAGGCGCCCGGGCGCACGGGAACGCCCGUGGAGCAAGGUGGACACCCAGGAUUGCCUACGCCGGGGGCAGACUACUACAACCCAAACGCGGCGGCGACGGCCUAUCCAAACACGUGUUAUUCACCCCCGCAGGUUGGUCACCAUUAUCCGCAACAUCCAUAUGCAACUCCAGCGACCGGCGCUCACAUGCAGCCGCAGACGAUGAUUGACUACACUCAGCUACAUCCGCAAAGACUCGGAGGUACCCCGAGCCAUAUGCACCAGCACUCGAACCCCAGCCCGGGCGCGCUCUCGCCUAACCUGUUGUCAACGACGCCGAGUCAGGCGGCAAAUGCGAGCUGCAAAUUUGCCGACUCAACCUCUACUACCGGCGUGGCAUCACCCCAAGAUCUGUCCACGUCUUCCGGGCCGGGUAGAACCUCUCCUGGAUUUGGACCGGUCGGCCAGAACCCCGUCGGCAAUACUAGCGCUAAGCUCGGCCUGACCACGCCGAUUGCUUCGCCGGUGGAGCACAAGGCCAACGUUAACCAGAACAUUUCCAGCCCGGCGUCCAGUACGUCAAGCAAUGAAAGCAACGAAGCGAAUAACUCCAGCUCAAACAACACAAAGAACUCCAAGGCGUCGAACUCGCAAGCGAAUCCUCCGCAGAUUUACCCGUGGAUGAAGAGAGUGCAUCUCGGCCAAAGUACGGUGAACGCGAACGGGGAAACAAAACGCCAGAGGACAUCGUACACGCGGUAUCAGACGCUCGAGCUGGAGAAGGAGUUCCACUUCAACCGAUACCUGACGCGGAGGAGAAGGAUCGAGAUCGCGCACGCGCUCUGCCUCACCGAGCGCCAGAUCAAGAUCUGGUUCCAGAACCGCCGCAUGAAGUGGAAGAAGGAACAUAAGAUGGCAUCGAUGAAUAUCGUCCCGUACCAUAUGAAUCCGUACGGCCAUCCGUACCAGUUCGACCUUCACCCGAGUCAAUUCGCGCAUCUCUCCGCAUAGGAUCAGUGGAAUUUUUCGAAUAGUGGAUAACUGAUUUACUAAGCAUACAGUCGAUCGUAUAUAAGACGAGGUUGCUUGUACCAUCUCUAAUCGAAAUCUAGAUUUUUGAUGUUAUAGCAACCAGACUGGAUCAGUUAUUCGCUGUUCGAAAAAUUUCAAUAUGUGUUAAACAAAAGUUGAAAUAAUUGGACACUACCAGUGACAGUAAAGACUCGUGUUUGUGCAAAGUGAAGGACGAGAAUAAAAUGCGUGUGAACAAAAUCCUUAUUUAAGACCAAACAUGUAACAUAGUUUAAUAAAUUCAAUGCAUAGAGUCUAUUAGGUGUCCGAGACUAUGAUCGGAUAUAUUUGAACGAAGGAUAUCUUCGAUCGGUACCAUUAUUGUUUGGACGUUUGUAAAAAACGUUUAAACAAUGACAAACAUUGGUGUAGAAAGAAUUUUACCUAGUCAUAAGCCGUAAUUUGAUCUGCAUACUAUUCCUAAUAGUGUAAAGUAAUUUAAAGUUAUUCAUGUAAAUUGUGAUGGCUAGUUAGUUAAGGUAGACAUCGUUUGUUUUACGAAAUGCUGUGCGUAACCGGUAUUAUUGAUCUGAAUUUGGUAAUGCGUACACAUACAACAAAUUCGGAAAUGUACAGGGAUUUAGUAAAAAUUGUCAAAUACGAAAACCAUUCGAAUCGUAUGACAUUGAUAAUUUUGUUUAAUCGCCAUUGAUUGGUUACGAUCAAAGAAAUGCUUGGAAAGACAUUGUCGUUUGAAAAUAUAAGCUCAGUUAAUAAAAAGAAAUAAUGUGAGUAAUUAGAAGUUUCUUCUUUAUAUUGUAAAUACAUUUUGUCAUGUAGCUGGUAUGGUGGAAAUUUAAUAUAUUAUCCAACUUAGUACUUCUUUAAGAACUGUUUUAUGUUCCUGUUCUUAGUUGUAAAUACGUAAUGAAAUAUUUAUAUCACUUGUAACACGGUUCCUCUUAAAUGAUCUACUUUUAUUAUCAUUUGAAAUAUUGCUAUCAUUCUAUGAAUAUCUCACAGUAUAUAGCUUGACCAGGAACAUAACACACCUUAUGAUAUUUCGGAAAUGUAUGGAAAAAUUUCUUCGCAUAUUAGAAGGUGGUGAAAUGAAGGAGGCGGUUAAGGCGCCCUCGUGAUAGUAUCUAUUUUCCUGAUCAAGCUAUACCAGUACAUGUGACUACGUAAUAUAUUUAAUGUCGUAUUUGUAAAAUGUACUUAAAUAUCUUUAGCGAGUAAAUUUAUUGUUUCCUUAAUGACUAUGACGUCUGUAGUUAAUUUUAUUAUUUUUUUCAAACCCACUGUCCCAUGGACUUGCAGUUAAAUUUUAAAGUUUUGUUAUAAUAGAAAUGUCGUGGUCAACUGUGAUAUUUUGUUAAAUUUUAUUCUUAAGUCAAACAGCGAUUGAAUCUGAGUUUCAAAGUUUUUUUUCCUAUCAGCUUGGACGUUAGUAUAUUGAUUUACCGAACCGUUUAAUUUGUUUCUUUAUUUAUUGUUUGUAAAUAUUAGAUGUAACGAUUAGAGUAAUUCAAUUUAAAUGUUCAAAUUCUUUAAAACUAUGCGUAAGUAACUUUUAUGAAAUGUAUCAUGGACUUUUAAAUUACUGUGCAAUAGGACGCGGCCUAAGUUUUAUUGUUCCCCGAUCUUCCUUCUAUAUUGUAUGAUACUGUUUUAGUUGUGUUAUUUCAUUGUAAUUUAAUAAAAUAUAAA